AUGGAUGAAACUCCUGUCAACCCGGCCGCGGCGCCUGAGAAUGUUCAGACCGUGGGUGGGAUAGAAGGCAGUGCAGAUGCAGCCCACGCUGGCAGUGGCUCAGAAGCGCAAUCGCGCCAGGAGUCUCCCGAAAAGAAGACCGAAAAUCUUGCCGGCUCGGACAACCCGCUGGAUGCGCCCGCCUCCCCUAAGCCUCAUAACGGCGAUGCGGAACCCGAGGACGAGGAGAUGGGUGGCACCGAGACCGAUGCCAAGCCUGACACUGAAGGACUAGAGGAUGCAGUAGGCGAGUCGCAGCCGCCAGAGCAGGCCACAGAGGGCCUGGAGGAUGCUGUGGGCGAGGACCAGCCCGCACCCAGCAAGUCAUCUUUGGAAGCUUCCGCCCGCGACCAACUCGUCAGCCAAACCCACGCCAUCAUUCUUCCUAGCUAUGCUACCUGGUUCGACAUGAACUCCAUCAACGCCAUUGAGAAGAAGGCACUCGCAGAGUUCUUCAAUGGUCGUAACCGGAGCAAGACCCCGGCUACUUAUAAAGAUUACCGUGAUUUCAUGAUUAACACUUACCGAUUGAACCCCAUCGAAUAUUUGACUGUCACAGCCUGUCGUCGCAACCUUGCCGGUGACGUGUGCGCUAUCAUGCGCGUCCACUCGUUCCUUGAACAGUGGGGUCUUAUCAACUACCAGGUUGAUCCGCAAACCCGGCCCUCCAAUAUCGGCCCCCCAUUUACCGGGCAUUUCCGAGUCAUCGCCGAUACCCCCCGAGGACUGCAGCCUUUCCAGCCUGGACCUCACCCCACUGUCACACCGGGCAAGGCUCUUCCGGCUACCGAACGUGCCGCCUCUGCUACACCCGCCAAGGCCGAUGUCAACCUCGAGCUCCGCCGCAAUAUUUAUGACGAGAAGGGCAAGGACGUCACGCCGGCUGAAGACAAGGAGAAACAGACUAACGGUGAAGCCACAAACGGAAUUGAGCCCUCGGAGCCAAAGAAAAAGUUUCACUGCUUCUCCUGCGGUAUUGACUGCACACGUCUUCGAUUUCACUACGCCAAGUCGGCCCCGACGUCAGCCAAUGCCAACACUCCUGACACAAAAUAUGAUCUGUGCCCCAACUGCUUCCUUCAAGGUCGUAUGCCUUCCAGCCAUAGUGCUUCGGACUUCGUCAAGCUUGAAGACAAGGGCCACUCUCAAGUCGCCGAUAAGGAUGCCCCUUGGUCAGAUUCGGAGCUUGUCUUGUUGCUAGAAGGCCUGGAGAACUUCGAUGAUAAUUGGGAGCAGAUUGCAAACCACGUCGGCACCCGGACACGGGAGGAAUGUGUUAUGAAGUUCCUGUCUCUAGAGAUCGAGGAUAAAUAUGUUGAGGACAUCCCUGAGCUGCGCUCCGGCGCUGUUCGAGACCCCGUCAGCCAGUCAGAGAACCCUGUGCUCUCGGUGGUCGCUUUCCUGGCUCAGAUGGCCGAACCUGCUGUGGCCGCCGCUGCUGCAGGCCGCUCCGUUGAGGAAAUUCGGAAAGAGCUGCGCGUUCAGCUGGAAAAGGGCGACGCGAAGAAUAAGGAGGCUGUGAAGGCCGAGGACUCCAUGGACGUCGACCCUGUCCGUGAGGUCGAACAGGCAGGGAAGCCCAAGGAAUCUCUUUCCACCGUUGCUCUGGCUGCCUCUGCCGCCCGCGCUGGAGCUCUUGCUUCUCACGAGGAGCGUGAAAUGACCCGGCUGGUUGGUGCCGCGGUUAACGUGACCCUGCAAAAAUUUGAGAUCAAGCUGCAACAAUUCAACGAGAUGGAGGAGAUCAUCGAGGCUGAGCGCCGAGAAUUGGAACAAGCACGCCAGCAACUCUUCCUCGACCGAAUGGCCUUCAAGAAGCGCGUCAAGGAAGCCCAGGAUGCUCUCCAGGCUGUAAGCCUGCAGGGUUCCAACGAGCAGACCAACGCCAUGCUCACAAGUGCCGCCACCGCCGGCAUCGGCAACAACUACAACUUCCAGCCCGUCGGCGCUGAUGCCCAGGCUAGUGCUCAGCCUUUGAGUGCGCAGGCUGGUGCUGACUUUAAGACUCUUGACCUGUGA